GUUGAAGAAGAGUGUACCACAGACUUCCUUGUUUUGUUUAUGCCCGUGUUCAAUCAUAUGUUUUGUAAAAUACCUCUAGCUUAUUACCGUCACUAACCGAAAGAAGAAUAGAAACACCACGGUAAAGUUUGGUAGAGACUUUGUGAUUCAGCAUGAACUGAAGGUGUGUAAAAUAGUUCGGUUGUUGUUUUCAUUCUGAAAUUCACGGGAGUGGGAAUAGUCGUGCCUACUCGGCUUCUGUUGUCAAAGUAGCCUGAAUCUGUUAAUUUAAAUUUAUAAGCACCCUGGUAGAACUAUUUCACGGCCAAAUCGAGCCGAUCCAUCAUUAAUUGACUUGACGUUCCACAUCAUCCGCAUCUUCCUACCAGAGCACCAACAAUGGCCUGCGAUAUGACUGAGAUUUAUUGCCAUAUUAAUGCGAAUCACAAGGAAGUCUGUAGUGACCUUGAGAAGGCCGGUCUAUUCAUCACAGAAGCAUUGCAGAGUGAGAUCCGGAGGAACACAACUCUGUGCAUGUUAAUCCACCGUCUGGAAGAGAGGGCGGCUGAGAAUGGAAGGAGCCAAUCAGAGCAGGUGGAGUCAAACCGGCAGCUGAAGCUCCAGGUGGAUGAACUACAGAAACAACUGGAGGACAAAGACAACUCGCUAACACAAGCCAAACAGAGUAUUGCUGUCCUGAAGAAUGAACUGGGGGACCUAAAACAGCAGCUGCAGAUCCAUCAGUGUGAUCACAGGAUGACUCAGGAAGUGAAUGAGUGGCAACAGGAUGAGAGCCUGCCCAAUAUUGUGAAAGAAGAGGAUGGUGUCCAGCAGAAUUAUCUUGUUGCAGUUAAAGAGGAAGAUAGUGAUGAUUGGUAUCCAUUUAGUCAAUCAGAUGAAGUUGACACCUCCACAGAACAGACAACCUCCUCGUGUGCAGACAUUAAAAUAGAAUUCUUACAGGAGGAUGAAGAGAAGUUAGACAUAACUCCAGUUGUCAGCUCUGAUCUAGACCCAGUCAAGUGUUUAAGAUUAUCAGUGCAACUGGUUGACUGUUGUGCAACAGAAGGUCAUCAAAGAACAACCAGCCAGAACAAUGAAGAUGGAGAAAACCACAAGAAUGUGAUGGCAGGGAAGGGAUCAGAAAGGGCAUUGUCUGGCGUCCCCAACUUCACAGCCGUCCCAGAGACAGAGGUGGAUAAUGGGAGGCCGUACAAGUCUCCUGUCUGUGGAGAGGAUUUCUCCAGCAAGUCAACAAUGGAAAAGCACCAGCAGGACAUUCACACAGGAGAGGAGCCUCAUCUCAAACAAGACCAGCACACACACACAGGAAAAACGCCUCUCUACCACAAACAUCAUGGCAAACAUGUAAAGCAUCAUCAAACGCACACUGACACAGGGCACAAGAGCCACCACUGUGACCAAUGUGAUCAGACUUUCAAGAAAGCAAGUAUUCUCAUUAGGCACCAGCUCAUCCACACAGGACAGAGACCUUAUCAAUGUGCUGAAUGUAACAGAGGUUUUAAGCGGUCGGAGCAUCUCAAACUGCACCAGCGCCUUCACACAGGGGUCAAGCCCUACCACUGCCGACAAUGUGGCAAGUCAUUCACACAAGUAGGAAAUCUGAAGAGGCACCAGCUCACCCACACAGGAGACAGACCAUGUCCACACACAUGUCCAGAAUGCGGCAAACUGUUUAGCCAUUUGGGAAAUCUGAAAACGCACCAGCGCCUUCAUACACGUGAGAAGCCGUACUACUGUGAAGAGUGUGGGAAGCGAUUUUCCCAAGCAGAGCACCUCAGGAUGCACCACCUCAUCCACACGGGAGAAAAGCCAUAUCAUUGUACUCAGUGUGGCAAGUUCUUUAGACAUUUGGUAAAUCUCAAAACGCACCAACUCAUUCACACAGGGGAGAAGCCCCAUCGAUGUCCAGAGUGCAGCCACUGCUUUAGAGAUUUGGGAAGUCUGAAAAGGCACCAACGCAUCCACACAGGAGAGAAGCCCUACCACUGUUUAGAAUGUGGCAGAGAUUUUAGAGAAUUGGGAACUCUGAAAAAGCACACACAGCGCACACACAUAGGAGAGAAGCGCUAACACUGUGUAGAACCCCCAUACUCAAAUAGUGGCCCGCGGGCAUCUAUUUUUGGCCCUAAUUUUGAAAAUUUAAAAAAAAAAAAAAAUGAGUAUUAUCGAUCGACUUACGAUUAAUUGAUAAGCGGCAUUUUUCUCCCGAAAUCUCUGUUUCUCGGAAAAAAACUACUAAAUCUAAAGAAUGUAAUACAAAAUUGACAUAAAAUACCACAUUUAAAUUAAUUCCAUUUCAAUUUUUUAAUCCAAAGGUGAUUUAACUAGUGAGUCUCUAGAUGUUAGACCCUGUGGUUUGUCAUUAUUUGCACCGACUUCCACAGACUUCUAUCAUAAUUUCCUAAGUGUCCUCAGGCAGCCCUUCUGUCUUCACAUUGGUCAAAGACGCACACGGUAUGAGAGGGGGCUCUUUAAAACAUAAAUAUAAAACUUCCUUGCCUAAUUCAUGUCCUAUGGGCAAAAGCAAGUGACAGAGGAGAUUCCCAUUUCUUAUCUACCAUAUUUGAGUCAAAGUCCCUUUGAAACCACACAGGUUCAAGCAGGCUACAGGUCAGACUGAGGCACAUCUUUUCACCAGUACAGUGCAGUAACUACAUAUUUUGUCAGACUUGAGUUUAGAUUGAAAAUAGUCUUCAUUUCACCUCGCUUAUCUUGUGACAAAGCAUUAAGGUCCAAAUGAGUCCCUUUUUAGAGAUACUGCUGUCAAAUCCGCAGUAACUACAAUAUCCAACCCAAUACCAAGAGUUUGAAAGCAUUUUUUCUCAGUGUCAAUGUUGGCGUAGUUACUGCAUUUUGGCUUUGAAGGGCAUUAUGUUUGAGUGAGUUUGUAUGGCUCACUGAAGGAGAGUUUAUGUCAUCUUGUGUUUGUUUUCAUUUGAUCAGACGACAGAUUGUGAAGGAAAAUGAUAUGUGAUAAAUAAGUUGAAUAUGAAUAUGAUAAAAUAUAUUAAAAAUGUACAUCUGUUCUAAGUAUAAUAUGUGCCUUCAGUUUAAAUUCAAGACAAAAAUAAUAAAAACACACAGACAAUUAAUAAUUGGUUGACUACAGUAUGAAUGAAACUAUGAGUGUCUAGGCGGGCAACACAGGGUGUGCUAUAGCAGUGGUUCUUAACCUUUUUUUCUUAACGCACCCCCUUACUUGUGCCGAAGACAAGCCACGCACCCCCAACCCAAACUCCUACACAUGUAUACGCACUAAAAAAAACGAUGAUAAGUGAUUGAUGGCAAUGAUUCUUGUGUGAGACACUAAUCAAUACCUUAAUUACUUCAAAUGGGGACCAAAACAAACGUUUUUUUGUCUUAAUUUGGCCUAGAUACCAUGUCUGCAAGCUGAAUUUUGGUCACAAUCUCAACCCAAAUUAAAUUCCGCGCACCCCAGGUUAAGAACCACUGUGCUAUAGUGUACUCCUGCUCUUCUUAUCAGCAGAGUUCCAGCUCCAAGGUCUCCUCUCCCAUGACGCAAGCCAACACAGUCCUGAGUCCUGACCACCCUCAGUCUUGCUCCGCACUGUCAAGAAGACCACCACCAACAGCUUCAUAGCAGGCUUUUGAGUAAGCUCAAAGUAGUUUUGCUCGUUCCUUGAAGUCCAAACGUCCGUCCAUGUAUUCCGACCAACAUCUGGAGUCUCUUCACAUGCAGGACCAUCGUAGAGCAGCCCAACUCGAUGUUUGAUGUAUGCAGGGUGGCCGCAGGUCCUUAAAAAGUCUUAAAUGUCAUUUUUUGCCAAAUAAGGCCUUGAAAAGUCUUAUUUUGUCUUAAAUUUUCAACAUUAAUGUCUUAAAUUUGUGGAGCUUAAUUUAGGGAGGAAUAAUUAUGUCAGCCAUGUGAUGAACUUCGCGACGGAAAUCGGGAGUUGUAGCCAUGUAGUAGUGUAAUUUAGAACGCAUUAUUGAAUUUUAUUUAGUGUAAAGUUUCAUUGUGUAUAGUUUUGUGUUUUCAAACGGCUACAUUAAUGUAAAUAACCAAUUGGUUUUUGUGCUUCAUUUGAACCUGUGUAUGAUCUUGCGAGUUGGUCCUAAUUUCAUUUGGAAAAUGGUAUUGAAAAGUCUUAAAAUGUCUUGAUUUUGACUUGCUAAAACCUGUAAACGCCGCGAGUUGGUCUUAAUUUUAUUUGGAAAAUGGUAUCGAAAAGUCUUAAAAUGUCUAAAUUUUGACUUGGUCAAACCUGUAGACACCCUGUGUAUGGCUUCCUGGACGAAAAGACCCCUGAA